AUGGGAAAACAAAGAGACAUUUUGGAGAAAUUGGCAGGGGCCUUUCAGAUCCAACAUGUGCUCCUGCGCCAGGCCCUGGCAGAGUGCCUCGGAACCCUUAUUCUGGUGAUGUUUGGCUGCGGCGCAGUAGCACAGCUGGUGCUAAGCGCCGGCUCCCAUGGCACGUUCCUCACCAUCAACUUUGCUUUUGGUUUUGCUGCAACAUUGUGCAUCCUUGUGAGUGGACAGAUCUCAGGUGGUCAUCUAAACCCAGCCGUGACCUUUUCAAUGUGUUUACUUGGAAGAGAGCCCUGGAGGAAGUUCCCGCUGUUCUUUCUCUGCCAGACUCUCGGAGCCUUCCUGGGUACAGCGAUUGUAUUUGGCAUUUAUUUUGAUGCAUUGUGGGACUUUAGCCAGGGGGAGCUGAUUGUGGUGGGGAAGAAUGCCACAGCUGGAAUUUUUGCUACAUAUCCAUCCAGACAUCUCACCCUGGUUAAUGGGUUCUUUAAUCAUAUUAUUGGAACAGCUGCAUUGAUUGUGUGCAUCCUGGCCAUAGUUGAUCCACACAACAAUCCAGUCCCCAGAGGUCUGGAGCCCUUCACUGUAGGCUUUGUAGUGUUGGUCAUCGGCCUGUCAAUGGGCUUCAACUCUGGCUAUGCCGUCAACCCAGCCAGGGACCUGGGGCCGCACAUCUUCACGGCUCUCGCCGGCUGGGGUCGAGAGGUUUUCACCUGAGUACAGAACAGAACUGAACUAGCAAACACCUUCUGUUUCUUUGUGCCCAUCUGUGCACCCUUCUUGGGUGCAGUGGUGGGUGUGCUGAUCUACCAGCUAAUGAUUGGAUACCAUUUAGAAGGAGAAGUGCAAGAGAAGCAGAAGGAGAUGGAGGAAAGGUUCAAACUUUCCAAUAUGAUAACCAACGAAGAUGCAUGA